AUGGACGGCCCUUCUAGCAUCUUCAGCACCCUCUGGAGCAUCCUUCGGUACUUGUUUCUCUUAGUCUGGGUCGAGCCCUGGCCCAAGCCUCACACCAACGGCGACACCACCCCCGCCAACUACGAAGCGUGGUACACCGGAGAGUUCGAGUACGAUGCCAUCCAUGGAGUCGAUGAAUGGGUCAAAGUGGACCGUCACCCGAGCUACGACUGGCACAUCCUCCGAACUCUGAAGCGAGACCUUGAACGAUGCCGACGGCUGGGGGACGAGAGAGGGUUGUGCAGUCAACUGAGAGCUCAAAGCUCCCGUAAUAUGUGUCGCAUUCUAUCCCCCGCCUUGUACCGAAAAUCAAAGAUACAGACCAAACGACUUAUCCAUGAUUACGUGAUGGAAGUGCGCCACUGUAUCACUUAUAUUGCGGAUCGGAACGCGGUCAGCAAUGGAGCAGCUCCUAUCGUUCCAGCUCAGGAGAAGCGACAAGUCAUCAUCGACAUGCGGACUGCCCUUGGCCGUACAAGUCUGGUGCUUCAAGGGGGUGCUAUGAUCAGUAUGUGUCAUCUUGGAGUGGUCAAAGCACUGUAUCUGCAGCGCCUGCUUCCUCGCAUAAUCACAGGGACGUCAUCAGGCGCUCUGAUUGCCGCGCAUAUAUGCGUGACAAAAGACGAAGAUCUGAUCGGGGUAUUGGAGGCCACCAGCAUCAACCUCGAUGCCUUCCUUCGCGUUCAAGAACGACGUGCCGCAGGUGGGCUCAAGUCUUGGUUCAACUCCUCCUUCUUUGCAACUAUCAAACGCCGGUACCAACGUUAUCGUACCUCCCACCACGUGUUCGACAUCGACGUGCUCCACGAAUGCACCCGAGACAAUCUGGGCGACAUCACUUUUGAAGAGGCGUAUGCAAAGACCGGAAGAAUCCUCAACAUAACCAUCGCCAUGUCCGAGGUGGCCGGCACCCCACAACUUCUCAAUUACCUGACAGCGCCUCACGUACUUGUCCGAUCCGCGGUGGUGGCAUCCAUAGCGACAUCCAAAGCCAUGUACGCCCCUGUGCAGUUACUGUGCAAGAGUGCUACUGGCGAUAUUACCUUGUAUUUUGCCGCUGAUUUCUCGGAGAAAGGCUGUAAUCUGCACCGACAGGCUUCCGUCCACCCGGAAGCGCCAUUGACACGCAUAGGCGAACUAUUCAACGUCAAUCACUUUAUCGUGUCCCAAUCCAGACCAUAUAUAGCCCCCUUCAUCCAACUGCAGAAUUAUGCCGACCGUCACCAACCUCUCGGUAUCCUGGUUCGCUUCGUCCUGGACGAAAUGCUGCAUUGGCUGCAGGUUAUGAAUCACUUUGGUGUGCUUCCAACAUUCCUCCAGCGGGUGUUGAUGGAUGAAGUUGUACCAACGCUCGCCUCUUGGUCCAAAUUAUCGAUCACCCCGCAACUCGGACUCUGGGAUCUCCUCAGCACGUUUGACACCCCAACACCAGCUAAAUUGCAGAAAUGGAGUGCUCGCGGGGAGAAGUGUACGUGGCCGUACAUCUGUGAGCUGAAAGUCAGAUGUGACAUCGAGCUGGAACUGGAUGUCGCUUAUACGAAUCUCCGCCGACGAGGAGGGAUGGGAUCGGUUAUCAGACAUAGAGCAGACCCAUAG